AUGCUUCUAAAAUAUUAAAUAUUUUGAGGCAGCUAGUAGCUAGCAGGAGCGUAUAACUCUAAACGCCUUCCAUUACAACCCUUUGGUUGCUAUUGGUUACCAGACAAACUUCCUACAUGUUUUACAAAUCGUGCAUACAUCUGUAUCAUAUACACAAAACCUCUAACUCUAACCUCAGUCUCAGCCAGUAGAGAUUCAUAGAGUUUCUUUACCUUUACGUUAGUAAUCAUUAAUAAUCUUCACGUGACUGCACGUGAUUUUUCUGUCGAUCGAUUAGGCCGGUCAAAAUAUUACAUGUUCUGAAUGGAUGGUGCACUGAUUUGAAUAAGAAUUCGUCCUAAGAAAUAUUUACUUUGCAACAUGGAACAUUUUAAACAAAAUAAUAUGGCUAACUACAAUUUUGGGCCAACUAAAAUUGGCUUCAUUGGUGGCGGAAAUAUGGCAAGUGCUAUUGGGAAACCUUUGAUUAAAAAGGGCAUUGUUAAUCCAAACAAUGUUUGGGUAUCUGCACGUACAAAUAGAACUUUGGGUUUUUGGAGUGAUAUCGGUACUCAUACUACAUUAAAAAAUGGAGAAGUAUUUGACAAUUGCGAUGUCAUAUUUUUAGCAAUGAAACCACACAUGCUUGAUGAUGCGCUUGAGGGUAUAAAACUGACAAUGGAUCGUACACGCAAUCCACUUUUUGUCUCUGUACUUGUGGGCAUUUCAUUAGACACCUUAACUUAUAAACUCAAAGAUAUUGUGGAACAUCCUCGGAUAAUUAGAUGCCUUCCAAAUACUCCACUGAUGAUUAGUGAAGGAAUAACAGUAUAUUGCUCUACGAAUACAACAAAUGAAGAUGAAAAAAUGAUUCAUACAUUAUUUUCUCAUAUUGGUGUAGCUGAAAGUAUUUCUGAAUCUCUUAUGAAUGCUGUAGGUGGUCUAUCAGGUUCUGGUCCUGCUUACGCAUAUCUUGUCAUUGAAGCAUUAUCAGACGGUGCAGUGAAAAUGGGAGUUCCAAGAAACAUGGCAACAAAGUUUGCCGCUCAAGUAUUAGUAGGAGCUGGUAAAAUGGUAUUAGAAACUGGUAAACAUCCAGGUCAAUUGAAGGAUGAAGUAUGUUCUACAGGAGGUACAACAAUUACAGGUGUUCAUGCAAUGGAAUGUGGGCGAGUUAGAGCAUCUAUGAUGAAUGCAGUUGAAGCUGCAGUGAAGAAAUCAAAUGAAUUAUCUUCUAUAACAGAGAAGAAAAUAUAGAAAAUUGAAGCAGUAUAUCAUUUAAAUUAUUUUAUUUACAAUGCAUUUUGCAAGCAUUUUUAAGUAGACAUAUUUUCUUUAUUAAGAAUAGUUUUUUAAAUUACCUGAAAAUAAGGAAUUACAAAGAAAAGAAUGAUAUUACUUAAAUAAUAAUAUAUAUUAAUACUUUGAACUUACUUAAAUUAUGAUGCAAGUGUAACAGUGAUAGAAAUAAACUGAAUGUUACAAUUACA